AUGGGCUGCUGCGGGUACAUUCCAAGGCGGCAGGAGAGGGGUGAUUCUUCCCCACCUCGGGACCACAGUUCCUUGGACCUGCCCCCUGGAGUCCGUCUUUCCAUACCUACGCGGCCACUCUCCUCGCUCCCGCACAUCCCCGCCAUCACAGCAUCCACUCUCCCACCUCAAGUUCCGCCCGCCUCCGUUAAAUCUGCAGUGGGUAGCAGCAUCAACAUCUCGUCAGUUGGGGCCAGAGAGCCAGCAACGACGGGAACCAAGAGGGAGCUAAAAAGAGCUGAUUCCGUCGAGGAGCUGCUGCCGUCGGUUCCCAUCGGUAGCAGUGGAAUCAGGGUUCCAUUGCGGGACCAGCUAAAUGCCAUUGUCACGUAUGUUUCAUGUGCUUUGGGGCGGCGGCAUUGGGGCGGGUUCCUUGUCCCGCCGCCAGACUUCUGCUAUGCAUUCUUUUGGCUGGCGUGUAGUGCGAUGUCGUAG